AUGUCUGGAGUUACGAAGGAGGAAGAGUCGGGUAGUCCUAGUUGGGGUGCUUCGUUUUUAAUGCAGACAACGGAAGAUGUGGCUAAAGCGGUCACUGCUGCUAUGAAUACUCCAAGGCCGUCUGUUAUUUAUUCGUCGAAAAAUGAACAGGGUGGUAGUCAACUUCAAAGGCUGCAGUAUCAAGUUACGAAAAUGAUAAAAGGGUUUUCUCGUCCUCCUGAAGUUAAAUAUGCGAAUUAUAAUCCGGAAAUCUUGACGAGUCAGAAGCGUCAAUGGGCUGCUAACUUUCAUUUGCAGUACAAUGAUCACAAGUCUUGGAAGGAGCCAACAAAGUUGUUUGAAAGUAUGGUGGUUGUUGGGCUUCAUCCUAAUUCUGACAUUCAGGCGCUGCAAAGGCAAUAUUUGGUGAGGAGGUCCGAAGGUUCUGGUAAAUUGAGAAGUGCACUUGGUUAUCAAAAUCAAUCCCGUGUGGAGCCAAAUGUUGAACCUCAGGUCUUAUUUGUUUACCCUCCGGAAAAGCAGCUACCUCUUAAAGAAAAAGAUCUUCUUUCUUUCUGUUUCCCUGGAGGUCUUGAGGUUAAUGCUGUUGAGAAAACCCCUUCCAUGAGUGAAUUAAAUGAAAUUCAUUUCGGACAGGAACAUUUUAAACAAAGGGAUCUGUCAUUUGUAUUUAGGUUACAGGGUGCUGAUAAUUCAACACUUUAUGGGUGUUGUGUCUUAGUUGAAGAGCUAGUGCAUAAACCCUCUGGAUUGCUUUCCAUGAUUACGGUUAAGCAGUCAUCUAACUCUUCUUUGAGACGCCAUAUAUUAACCACACAAAGAUGUUACUGCAUUCUCUCAAGGCUCCCAUUUUUUGAGUUGCACUUUGGUGUAUUGAACAGCAUCUUCAUGCAAGAAAGGCUGGAGCGGUUGACAAGAAGUGUCGAGUAUUUUAAUGAAUUCCCUGAAGGUAGUUAUGAGGGAGAAAACUUGGAAGGAAAUUCAGAGAGUCUUGUGGUGAAUGAUAGGCUUACCAAAGACAAACUUGAUGAGAGUCCAAGAAUUUCUCAAUCAAACCUAAAAAAUUCCCAACACAACAACAUCGAGGAUGAUAGUAAUCAUCAAAAGAAACAAAUGGUUAAUGAGGAGAUGCAUACACUUAAAGAGGGAGCAGAUGAUGACAAUAUUGUGUCUGUUCAUCCUGAAACUGAUGGAGAAAUUGUCAAAGGAGUGUCUAGCCUUACAAUUGCUGAAGAUAGUAAUACAUAUGGCAAUGCUUUGGCAACAAACAAACAGUCAGAAGAUAGGCGUUUACCAAAUGCUAUUUUGCCCCUCCUUCGGUAUAACCAGUAUGAAAGCUCCGAAUCUUCCUGCAGUUUUCAAGGUUCACCUAGUGAAGAUAGAAAUUUCAGGAGUGAUGCUGAUGAUACUGAGACAGAAGAGGCUUCAUUCUCAGGACAAGAAGAUUUAAAUGACCUACAUGAGAUUCUUGAAUGGGCCAAGACUAAUAAUUGUGGACCGUUACAAAUUAUAAGUGAGUAUUAUCGUUUUAGUUGUCCUACAAGGGGAUCGACACUUAUCUUUCAUCCUUUGGAGCACCUACAUUCCUUGGAAUAUCACAGGCCAGAUGAGAAUGCUCUUUAUCUGUCUGGUUCACUUAUUGGUUUGAAAUCUUGUAGUACAGGUCUGGGAUUAGCCGAGGCACAAAAUUGUCUUCUGGUUGCAGAGGAGGCAACUGCAUUAUCUAUAUGGGCUGUAGCGUGCUUAUGUGGUACCUUGAGACUUGAACAUGUGUUAACAUUCUUUGCCGGAGCUCUACUGGAGAAGCAGAUUGUAGUUGUCUGCUCUAAUUUGGGAAUCUUAUCUGCAUCAAUUCUAUCAGUUAUUCCACUAAUCCGACCCUACCAAUGGCAAAGCUUGCUAAUGCCGGUUUUACCAAAUGACAUGCUUGACUUUCUGGACGCUCCUGUUCCUUACAUAGUUGGUGUUAGGCAUAAGACAAAUGAAGUUCAGACAAAGUUAUCCAAUGUUAUUCUGGUUGAUGCCAACAGAAACCAGGUGAAGUCACCGACAAUACCUCAAUUGCCAAGACAAAAAGAGCUAAUGUCUUCUUUACGUCCUUAUCAUGCAACUCUUGUCGGAGAAAGUUACUUGGGUAGGAGAAGGCCGGUGUAUGAAUGCACGGAAAUGCAGUUAGAAGCUGCCAAGGGGUUCUUAUCUGUGUUAAGAUCUUAUUUGGAUUCCCUAUGCUGUAACAUCCGUUCACAUACAAUAACCAAUGUACAAUCGAAUGACGAUAAGGUAUCCUUGCUUUUGAGGGAGAGUUUCAUUGACUCAUUCCCUUAUCGUGAUCAGUCUUUCAUGAAGCUUUUCGUGGAUACACAACUGUUCUCUGUACACACAGAUCUUGUGCUCUCUUUCUUCCAAAAGGAAUAG